CAAUUUCAACAAAAAUUACACCUUAAAUACUAUCAAUUUCACAAAAAAGUAGUGCAAUUUUUACCCAAUUUCAUAUCAAUUUAAACUCAUAUUCACCCAAUUUGAACUAAAUUUCACCACAAAUGCACUAAAUUUCACACAAAACUUUUCAAUUUCACAAAAAAUUACAAUAAUAAUAAACUGUAUAAAAUUUUAAAAAAACACCUUGAGAAGAAGAGGAGGUCCGGUGGGGGAAGAUGGCGGUCGAGACACUCGUAGCGGCGAGGGGUGGAGACCCUGGCGGCGGUGGCGAGGAGGGAGGGAGACACUGGAGGCGAGGGGUGGAGACACUGGCGGUCGAAGGCGCGAGGCUUGGAGGGAGAAACUCGCGGCGCGGUCGAUGGCGAGGCGAAGAGAACUAUCGCCGCGGCCUCAAGCAUGCGGCGGCGGCGGGCGGUCAAGGAAAGCCGCGGAGGAGAUGCGUCAGUCGAAGUUGGGUGGAAGAAAGAUAUAAACUAGGAGCUGCCAUGAGUGUGGUGAAAUCAGAUAUCAGUGGAAACAUAUCGAGAUUGGAAUCUAAAUAUGAGACAAACCCAUCAAGAUUCAACUACUUGUACAGUUUUGUACAAGCAGAAGUUGAAACCAAAACUGCCAAAUCCUCAUCCAGUUGCACCAAUGCUCUUCUUUGGCUCACUAGGACAAUGGAUUUUAUAGUGGAGCUCUUCCGGAACUUGGCCCAGAAUCAAGACUGGUCAAUGUCACAAGCAUGCAGUGAUUCUUACGCUAAGACGUUGAAAAACUGGCAUGGGUGGCUGGCUAGCUCUACCUUUUCGGUUGCAAUCAAGCUUGCUCCGGAUAGGAAGAAGUUCAUGGAGGUGAUAGUUGGAGGUAGGAACAGCUAUGGAGAGGUGGAGGCUUUCUACACCACAUUAUCACCCAUUCUCCACCAGAUUCACAAAUUCUUGGCAAGUGUUGGCUUGGACACGAUGAAAGCUUCGUGAGACAAAGGCACAGACUAAUCCAUUCAAUCUCUAUUUGUACCCCAACUUUUGUACCCCAAUUUGAGGGUGUUUGGGAUUGCGUUUAAAAACUGCUUAUGAGCUUUUGCUUCACUAAAAUAAUGUUUGUCGUGUUUGUCAAUCUGCUUCUGCUUAUAGAUUAUAACUUCUGUAGUAUAAAAUGGGCUCCAGACGUGCUUUUAAGCAAAGCUAAAAGGGAGAAAUACGAAUAUAGCACUUUAAUAGGC